GAGGUUCAGGGCGCAUGCGCGAGGCAUUGAGGCCCAAAGAUGGCAGCCUCCAUAGGCGCCUGGCUUCUGUGUCGGGCAGCAGGCCGUGUGGCGCUCCGGGCGGCCCUCCGAAGGCCUUUCGGGAUCCAGAAGAUACCUAGCUCCUGUCUCCUGCUACCCAAGCGAUUGGCUGUUCAUCUUUAUAGCACAGAAGUAAGCCAAGAUGAAUCCACAGAACCAGUUGGUUUUGACACUGAAUCACGUUUUAAAGACAAGCCAUGGGAGUACUUGGAGAGUGAAGAAUACAUAGAACGAUAUGGCAGCAAUCCUGUCUGGUUUGGCUACAGACGUAAUCACAAGGGCCCAAUUCCUCCACAGAAGACACGGAAGACUUGCAUUAGAGGGAACCAUGUGUGUGGGAACCCCUGUCCCAUCUGCAGAGACCAAAACCUUUUUCUGGAUUAUAGGAAUGUGAAACUCCUGGAACAGUUUGUCUGUCCCCACACAGGUAUCAUCUAUCAUCCAACACACACAGGUGUCUGCAUGAAGAAGUACAAGCAACUCACCAAAGCCAUUGAGCAGUCUCGAGAAAAUGGCCUUCUAUUCUUCUCCAUCCCAUUUAAGGACUUCCAGCAUGAAGAUUUCAGCAACCAACAUCCAGCUGUCACUAAGACUGCCCCAUCUCCAGCUCUUCAGAACAAAACUGCCUGGUAUGAGUGGUAUGAAUGGCAGCAGCCUCCAGAAAAAGAAAUGAAACGAAUCAGGAAAAUUUACAAGGACUAUCUAAAGGAGGAGAGUGGCCCACCUUGAAUCUCUCAGAUGAUAAUGGACACGAAUAAACACUUCUUCGGGGAUAUGAAGUUCACAGCUAAAAAAAAAACCCUAAAGGGCAAUUCAGUGGUAAUGGUAUCUGCCUUCUGUUGUCUUAUCUCUUGUGCUUUCUGCAUCAAUAAAGUGGCAGACUCAAUAAGUGA